ACUGGUUUGGACUUGAGGAGGAGGAGGAGGAGGAGCUGGAAGCAUCAUGUCCUGUCUCUACUUCAGAGGGAUGUUUCUCACUCUGUGUUUGACCCAAACUUCCUGGUCCAGUCUGCAUCCUGAGUGUGAAUACAUAUUUCAGUUGGAGAGGGAGGAGCGCCAGUGCCUUCAGUACGUUGCUGAGCUGGGAAACAGAAGCACAGAAGGUUGUUGGCCGUUCUGGGAUGCCGUCGCCUGCUGGCCUCAAGCAGUCACUGGGGAAACGGUCCAAAGAGGUUGUCCUGCAGUUUUCUCUCUUUUCAGGAACAACACAGGGUCAGUGAGCCGAAACUGCACCAGCAGAGGCUGGUCAAAGCCUUUCCCACCGUACCACGUUGCCUGCAGUGUGGAAGAUGACAUUCCUGAGACUGAGGAGUCGUACUUCACCACUGUGAAGCUGAUAUACACCAUCGGCUACAGCGUCUCACUGGGGGUGCUGGCGGUUGCUGUUUUCAUCCUGUUGCUCUUCAGGAGGCUCCGAUGUGCCAGAAACUUCAUUCACAUCCAGCUCUUUCUUACUUUUAUURUGAAAUCUGUGGCGGUUUUCAUAAAAGACGCUACUUUGUUCUCAAACGAUGACACCAACCACUGCACCCUCUCCACGUUCGCCUGCAAGGCUUCUGUUGUUUUCUGUCACUACUGUGUGAUGGCUAAUUUCCUUUGGCUCCUGGUGGAGGCGCUCUACCUCAAUUCGCUGCUGCUUUCCUCCUUCUAUCACAGCCGUCGAUGCCUCUGGGGCUUCGGCCUGCUCGGGUGGGGUGUGCCUGUCUUCUUUAUAGUUCUGUGGAUUGGAUCCAGGGUGUACUUUGAAGACACCGAAUGCUGGGACAUCAACGAAGACUCACCCUACUGGUGGAUCAUCAAGGGACCGAUUGUUGUCUCCAUAGCGGUGAAUUUUAUGCUCUUUGUAAAUAUAAUCAGAAUCCUGAUCCAGAAGCUCAACCCUCGGCUGAUCCAGUUCAAUAACUCCUCGCAGUACAGACGCCUGGCCAAGUCCACCCUCCUCCUCAUCCCGUGCAGAAAGAGGUCCAGAUGCAGUGGCUGAGGUGGCAGGAGAGGAGUUACGGGGUAGUUUCACCCGCUGCAAAGGGUAGCCAGAUGGACACACCUUUCUGACUUCUUUCUUCCGAACCAUCUUACCUGUUCACUCACUCAGGAUUGCUCCUGUGCACUUCGUCCGUACCUAAUGAGCUGCGCAGC